UGGCUCUCCAGAAAUUAAAAUAAAAGUUGGUGAAAGCCUGAGCUGCUGUGGAGAAAAACCUCCCUGUUUCCUUCAAACUGAGUUUAUGAUUUUCUGCUCAACAGACUGAUACUGAGUUCAGAAAUGUCUUCUGGCAGCAACCUGCGGUCUAAAGAUCAGUUUCUUUGCUCCAUCUGUCUGGAUGUGUUCACUGAUCCAGUCAGCACACCAUGUGGACACAACUUCUGCAAAACCUGCAUCACUCAGCUCUGGGAUGGAAAUGUUUCCUACAGGUGUCCUCUGUGCAACGAGCAUUUCGCCUCCAGGCCUCAGCUGAGAGUCAACAGCUUCGUCAAAGAGAUGGUUGAUCAGUUCAGAGGUGAAGCUCAGCAGGAAGCCAGCAGCAGCUCAGAGCAACAAGCUGCCAAACCAGGAGAAGUUCCCUGUGACGUCUGCACUGGACCCAAACUGAAGGCCCUGAAGUCCUGCAUGGUGUGUCUGCUCUCCUACUGCCAGACUCACCUGGAGCCUCACCUGACCGCUCCACGUCUGAAGAAACAUCAGCUGAUGGAGCCGGUGGAGAACCUGGAGGACAGGAUGUGUCUGCAGCAUGAUAGACCUCUGGAGCUGUUCUGUAGGACCGACCAGAGAUGCGUCUGCUUGCUGUGUCCUGUUUUAGACCACAAGAACCACGAGUUUGUUCCUCUGAGAGAAGAAUCUGAAGGAAAGAAGGCAGAGCUGAGGAAGACGGAGGCUGAAGUUCAGGAGAUGAUCCAGAAGAGACGACUGAAGAUCCAGGAGAUCAGAGAGUCGGUGAAGAUCAGUAAAGAUGCUGCAGACAAAGAGAAAGCUGGAGGUGUUCAGAUCUUCACGGCUCUGAAAGAGUCUGCUGAGAGAGGCCUGAAGAAGCUCCUCAAGGAGAUCCAAGACAAACAGGAAACUACAGAGAAACAGGCUGAAGACUUCAUCAGAGAUCUGGAACAGGAGAUCUCUGAGCUGAAGAAGAGGAGCUCUGAGGUCAAGCAGCUCUCACAGGAUGAAGAUCACCUCCACCUCCUCCAAAGCUUCUCCUCCCUGAAAGAUGCUCCACCCACCAAGACCUGGACAGAGGUCAGAGUUCAUCCACCAUCAUAUGAUGGGACUGUGGUGAGAGCUGGGACUCAGCUGCAGGAGGAGAUGAAGAGGAUGAUGGAGGCUGAGAUGAAGAGGAUGAAGAGGAUGAUGGAGAUGAAGAGGAUCCAUCAGUUUGCUGUUGAUGUGACUCUGGAUCCUGAUACAGCUAGUCCCUGGCUCAUCCUGUCUGAUGAUGGAAAACAGGUGAAAGAUGGAGAUGUGAAGAAGAAUCUUCCAGACAAUCCAGAGAGAUUUUUUUACUGUCCGUGUGUUUUAGGACAGCAGAGUUUCUCUGCAGGCAAAUUUUACUUUGAGGUUCAGGUUAAAGGAAAGACUGAGUGGGAUUUAGGAGUGGCCAGAGAAUCCAUCAACAGGAAGGGAAAAAUUGCAGCAACUCCUCAGGACGGUUUCUGGACUGUUGUGCUGAGAAAUGGAAAUGAGUACAAAGCUGCUGCUGGACCUUCAGUGCGUCUCCAUCUCUAUCCUCGUCCUCAGAAGGUGGGGGUGUUUGUGGAUUAUGAGGAGGGUCUGGUCUCCUUUUAUGAUGUAGAUGCUGCAGCUCUGAUCUACUCCUUUACUGGCUGCUGCUUCAAGGAGAAACUCUACCCAUUCUUCAGUCCCUGCAAAAAUGAUGGAGGUAAAAACUCUGCUCCUCUGAUCAUCUGUCCUGUUAAUCAGGCUGAUCGUUGAUCUGAUGAAGAUGAUGAAGAUGAUGAAGAUGAAUCUGAGUGACUCUGCAGGUGAAGUCCUGCUGCUGGAGAGGAGAGUUUGGAAACAUCCUCAGCAGGAAAUCAGUUAUUUUCUGCUUCUGAUUAGUUAUAAAGUCAAAUCAAAUUGUUUUAUCUCAGAGUUUAUUUCAUUGUUCUACUGAUUGUUUCAUCUUGUUUCAUUUUUCUUGUUUUAUUGAUGAACAAUUUUAAACCUGCAUUCAAUGUUUCAACCUGUUCAUCAAAUUAAACUGAUUUUUAAUAAUAGUAACAGUUAAAUCUUGUUUUUCCUCAUUAAGUUCUGCUUUGUGGUGAUUUUAUGUGAACUUUUCAUCAGAAGUGUAAAUGUACCAUGUGAUGAUUGAUGAAUAAAUAUUAAACUGUGAAA